AUGAUGGUGUGUCAUCCACCAAAGAUUAAGAAGCACUCUGCCUCAACUUCUUCAGUCUCAAUCACUUUCAUUCCAGAUUGGAGACGAUUUGUUAUGAAAAAGAUGGACAACAACAUCUACAAAAUCUUUGAGAAGCGGGUAUGGGAUGCAAUUAUCUGUACGACAUCCAACUGUAAGGUCAAGUUUCAAGGGGAAGCCCUUCCCAAGACUUCCUUUGAGGCGUACGCCAAGAUGCACGAAGGUGUUUCUGAGAUCUCAUCGGUGACCACAGAUCGCUGGUCGGUGUGUAUUGGCCCUUCGGAAAAUGGUCUUGAACAAGUGUCGUUUGUGAACGGUAUCUGUACCACGAAGGGUGGCACCCACGUCGAUCACGUCGCGUCUUAUCUCGCGUCGGGUAUCAUUGAUGAGAUGGCAAAGAAGAUCAAAUUGAAGCCACAACAAGUCAAGAAUACUUUCAACAUCUUUGUGAAGGCGACCCUUGAGAACCUAACUUUCUCAAGUCAAGUCAAGUCAGAGUGUACCUCAAAGGCACAAGACUUUGGCAGUAAGUUUGAUCCACCCAAGAACUUUGUCAAGAAUGCACUCAAGACUGAUAUUCAGGAUGAACUCACGGCGCUCUCAAAGUUCAAGGAGAAGAAGGAACUCAAGAAGACGGAUGGUGCCAGAAAGUCUAAAAUUACCGGUAUUCCCAAGUUGGAUGAUGCGAACAAAGCAGGGACGGCGCAAUCUGGAAAAUGUACGCUCAUCGUGACGGAGGGUGAUUCGGCAAAGACCCUUGCGGUUGCCGGUGUUUCUGUGGUUGGCCGGGAUCACUAUGGUGUCUUCCCACUUCGUGGUAAAUGUAAGAAUGUUCGGGAUGCCUCAGUGACGCAACUAUCAUCAAACCAAGAGUUCAACGAUCUCAAGAAGAUCCUGGGUCUUCAACAAGGCAAGGACUACCAAGAUCUUUCCGAGCUUCGCUAUGGACGUCUUAUGAUUAUGACGGAUGCGGAUAAUGAUGGUUUCCACAUCAAGGGUCUCAUUCUCAAUAUGAUCCACUACUUCUGGCCCUCACUCCUCAAGCUGGGUUUCGUGGUUUCUAUGGUGACGCCAAUCAUCAAGGCUUCCAAAGGUGGUCAAUCAAAAUCUUUCUAUACAGAUUCAGCUUUCAGAGCUUGGUAUGGCAAUGGACAACCUGGUUGGAAAAUCAAGUACUACAAGGGUUUCGGUACCAGAACGAGUGCUAAAGCUCGAGAGUAUUUCAAGAAGAUCCAAGACUUGACUGUCAAGUUUGAUAUGGAUAUUAUGACAGAUAAAUCCAUCGUUCUCGCCUUUGACAAGAAGAAGGCGGAUGACCGCAAGACCUGGCUCUCUGAGAGUACAGCGAAGGAUCCCAAAUAA